CGCGCCGUUCGCCGGGCCCGGUCCACGCACGACGGCACGGUGACGGUGUGGCGUGACUCUGUGCCGAGAGAGGGAGCUGGGAAACGGCCGGCCGAGUGAACCAGGAUCGAACGGAACGAGACGUGCAAAAAAAAUUGUGGUAAUCGUGAGAAAAAACGUACGAGUGCAAGUUCCGACAAGAUAUCAGUGAGAGAAUCAAAGGUUACCGGGAGGAAAUAGUGCGCGGGUCGGAAGUGAGUGAGUGCUCUCACGCCCCCCAGUGAGGAGCGGUGGGCGGUGCAGUGCUGGGUUCCGAGCGGGACCGCCGGCGAUGAGUGUGCGGGAAACUCCGCGGCGGGGGUGGUCCGCGCCGGCCUCCUGGACGGCGCUUCUGCUGCUGCUGAUCUGCACAGGACACCUGGCACACGGUCUCUGUCCACACCCCGCCGUCAACCUCAACAGCAAGGUGAAGCUGAGCUCGGACCAGCUCACGGAGAACACGGUCGCCACCUACACGUGUGACAAUGGCUUCCUGCGCCUCGGGGACGCCAGCCGGCUGUGCACGUCCGAGGGCACCUGGACGGGGGAGCCGCCCACCUGCGCUACGAACGUGGCGGAGGGCAAGCCGUCGAACCAGUCGUCGACGGCGCGCGGCGGGCCGGCCUCCAACGGCAACGACGGCCAGCGCAGCACGCUGCACGACGGCGGCCGGUGCACGGAGACGCUGCAGCAGGCGUCGCCCUGGUGGCGCGUCGACCUGCUGGCGGACUACCCGGUCGACCUGAUCCGCAUCACCACGCGCGGCUGCUGCGGUCAGAAGCCGCUGCAGGACAUUGAGAUCCGCGUGGGCACCAGUCCGACGCUCCAGCAGAACCGUCUGUGCGCCUGGUUCCCGGGCACGCUGGAGGAGGGCGUCGAGAAGGACUUCAAGUGCGCCCGGCCCAUGACGGGCCGAUACGUGUUCAUCCAGAUGGUCGGCGUCGAGGGGGCGCUGUCGCUCUGCGAGGUGCAGGUCUUCAGCUCGCAGGAGUUUGCCAAGGAACAGUGCGCCCCGGACGUGCCUCUGGACAGUCUGAACCUCUACAACAAGACGUGCUACGAGCUGCAGCUGAACAAGGGCGCCGACUUCCUGAAGGCGCGCCAGCACUGUCAGCGUAUGAGCGGCGACCUGGUGCACACGCUGCCCGACCCGGCGUUCGCCUACCUGCUGGACCACCUGGAGCGGAGCAAGGCCGCCAUGCGCACCCAGCUCAUCUGGGUGGGCAUCAGGAAGGUGCCCGGCAAGGACAUGUGGCGCUGGGUCGACGGCACUGAGGUGGUCCAGCCACGCUGGGGCCGCGACCAGCCCAACAGCUACGUGGGCGAACAGAACUGCGUGGUGCUGGAUGGAGGCCGUGACUGGCUCUGGAACGACGUCAGCUGUCAGCUCGACUACCUCCACUGGAUCUGCGAGUACAAGCCCCAGAUGUGCGGCAGUCCGGACAAGAACGAGAACACGACUAUCGUGGGCAGCGACUUCGGCCUGAACCGUACAAUCUUCUACCGCUGCCCCGAGGGCAACAAGGUGGUCGGGGACGAGGUGCGCACGUGCCAGCAGACGGGCUUCUGGUCGGGCGCCGCGCCCACCUGCCAGUUCGUCGAAUGCGGGCCGCUGGACGAGAUCGCUCACGGCCAGCUGACACUGGUCGACAACCGCACCACGUACGCCUCGCGCGCCGAGUACGUCUGUGACGCCAACUACACGCUUGUCGGCGAGCAGCUGCGCACCUGUUCCGACGGCGGCGCGUGGUCCGACGAGGCGCCGCAGUGUCUCUACUCGCUGUGUCCGGCGCUGGAGACGCCUGAGAACGCCACGGUGACCCAGUCGGGUGACCUGACGGCCGGCACCGAGGUCACGUUCACGUGCGCGCCGGGCCACCAGCUGAUUGGCCGCGCGGUGGUCACGUGUCAGCUGGGCGGGGCGUGGAGCGACCCGCCGCCGGUCUGUCGGCUGAUCGACUGCGGCCGGCCGGCGGCGCCCCAGCACGGCGAGGUGGCCGUCUCCGAGACUUACCUGGGCGCCUCGGCCGAGUUCAGCUGCGGCGCUGACUACUGGCUGCUGGGGGCCGAGCAGAGAACCUGCCAGGAGGACGGCACCUGGAGCGGCGAGGACACAUUCUGCGAAUUGAUUGACUGCGGCGAGCCGGACGUUCCCGAGGAGAGCUACGUCACUGGGUACGACUUCCACGUCAACUCGGACGUCGAGUACCACUGUAACGUGGGCCACCUGCUGGUCGGAGAGCCCGUCCGCCGCUGCCAGCGAGACGGCACCUGGUCCGGAGAUGUGCCGCUCUGCAAAUACAUCGACUGCGGCAGGGCGUUCGCCGUGCUGCACGGGGACGUGCAGUACGUCACCGGCCAGACGUACCUGGGCAGCGAGCUCGAGUACUCGUGCGCCCGAAACUACCAGCUGGUCGGAGACCGGCUGCGCACCUGCCAGGUGGACGGUCGGUGGUCGGGCAGCGCGCCCGUCUGUGAGGAGGUGCGCUGCGGCGACCCCGAGAGGACAGAGAACUCUGUGCUCAGUAUCUCGGGCAACGACCGGAUGCGCCAGAAGGCCCGCCAGCUGACCGGGAACCUGGCGCCGCAGUCCACCUCCUUCCGGGUCGGAUCCACCGUCACCUACAAGUGCAAGCCAGGAUACAAGGUGGUGGGUGACGCUCUGCGCUCAUGCCGCGGCACGGGCGCCUGGUCGGGCCUGCCUCCGUCCUGUGUGUACGUGGACUGCGGCGCGCCGGAGCCGGCGCUCUCCGGCCGAGUCACGCUGCCGCUGAACGCCACCUACUACGGCGCCAUCGCCGAGUACGGCUGCGACGUCAACUACCGCAUGGAGGGCCUGAACCGGCGACUCUGUCUGGAGAACGGCACCUGGAGCGGGCAGCCGCCGCUCUGCACUGAAAUUGUGUGCGAGGUGCCCGAGACGCCGGCGGAGGUGCUCUCCGUGGUAACCUCUGGACUGAAGGUCGGUGACACGGCCACCUACAACUGCGGCAAGGGACGCGAGCUGAUCGGCGCCGCGGUACGACGGUGUCUGAGCACCGGACACUGGGGCGGAACAGAGCCCACCUGCCAGUGGGUGGACUGCGGCCCGCUGAACGCCGUGGAGAACGGCCGCGUGUACCAGGUGAACCAGAGCACGGCCUACGACUCUGUGGUCGAGUAUCACUGCUUCCCCAAGUACCUGCGACACGGACCCUUCACCCGGCGCUGCCUGGCCGACGGCUCCUGGUCCGGGCCCGACACACAGUGUCUCCUGAUGAACGAGACGGUGUCGGCGGGCCUGGACGCCGGCCUGGACGGACCGCAGAACGUGCCGGCGGCCGGCUUCAGCCCGGACGACUACGCCACGGCGCGCAACACGGCCAUCUGGGCCGGCGUGGCCGUCGGACUGUUUGUGCUGGUCAGCAUCAUCACCGCUGUGCUCUGCCUCAGGAGGCGAGCCCACGUGGUGAAAAACUCUGAGAACGUGCAGGGCAUGAAGGCGAUGGAGGAGCGCAGCGUACCCAUCAUGAAGUUCUCCAACCUGGCUGACGGCGGCCGGUUCGGCGCGCACAACGGCGCGUUUGCCGCCGGCGCAGCGCCCAUGCAGAACCGGCCGCUGCCCGUACGGCCCGACGAGGAGGACAUCUACGCCGAGGCCGACAGCUUCUCGUCCGGGUCGGCGUCGCCGCCGGCCAGCCGCACGUACGCCAACCGCGACGCCACCUACGCCAACGGUGUGGACGACCACAACACCUCGUACACCAACAGCGGCGGCGAUAGCAGCGUCACCUAUAACAACGACGGCGCCGAGGGUGCUGCCACCUACACAAACGGCGGCGGUGAGCCCGCCGGCGGCGGCUCCGUCACCGUGAACGGGAUGGCGCUCUAGGGGAGGCUGUGACGGGCGCCGGUCGCUGUAGUAGCUACUAGACGAGUGUUGGUGCGCACCAGUGGCCCCGGCUGGGGCACAAACAGGCGAAAGGACGCUAACGUGUGCGACGGAGGCCGCCGGUGGUCGUGCUGGGCCGUGGCGAUACGAAUCAGAAACCCAGGGACAUACACGGCGCACAUGCCGACUGUGCGUUCGUAAACUCGCAGACGUGUGCGUCGUUAGAGCUGGAGUGGCUAGUGACGUUGUGUUGGCUCCUAGAGUAGCCGCAAUGUGUAUAUUGAGAGAAGUGAUGACGGGGCGGAGCAGUACGCGCCCCUGUGGCUCCCUCAGUCCCGGCAGUCCUCUACCAGUGUCCUGUGAGUGUAUGAGUUGUAACCUUGACGAGUCGUCUGCGUAUGUGUGUGUGUGGGGGGGGGGGUAUCGUGAGCACACUACUGUCAGGAUACUGCAAACUGUUGGCCGGUAGGUACUGCUGCUCUUCAUGAUAUAUGUUAUGCCAAUGAUGCGUGUAUCAGGUCAAAUACAUAUGAAUAACUAAAUAAA